AUGGACAGCUCUGUGAAUUUCAAGAGAUAUGCCUACCGGCUUGUUUACUGCCAUGAUAAUACUGAAGAAGAGUGCACCAGCAACAAGCAGGCGGUGCUGCUGCAGAGUGAUGGUCAACCAUGGAAGGGUGACAAUACUGGUCAACUUCAUUGUGUUAGCGUACUGGUUUCCGAUCCAGUAAGAAGCUACAACAUCUGCUGUUAG